GCGCAGCAGACCGCCAGCUCUCCUCCCCCUUUUUCUUCUCCCUUUUCCCUCAGCGCGGCUUCCCGAACGUCUCUCUCGUCUCUGCAGCUUCUUCACCGCAGGUCCACGACCACAACGCUCCAGCACCACCUUGAAACAUGUCUAUCAAAGUCGCCGUGGUAACGGGCAGCAACAAGGGCAUCGGCCUGGCCAUCGUCCGAGCGCUCUGCAAGCAGUACCAAGGAGACGUCUACAUCACCGCCAGAGACGUCGGCCGUGGUCAGGAAGCGGUGAAGUCUCUGGCCUCCGAAGGGCUGAAGACACAGUUCCACCAGCUGGACAUCAACGACCAGGAGAGCAUCACCACCGCUGCUGCUUACUUUAAAGAGAAGUACGGAGGGGUGGACGUCCUCAUAAACAACGCUGGGAUAGCGUUCAAAGCGGCGGACACGGCUCCGUUUGCGGUCCAGGCGGAGGUCACCCUGAAGACCAACUUCUUUGCCACCAGAGACAUGUUGACUCACUUCCUGCCGCUCAUCAAGGCCGGAGGGCGCGUGGUGAACGUCUCCAGCUUCGUCGGCGCCCGCACUUUGAACAACUGCGACGCGGCCCUGCAGCAGCGCUUCCGCAGCGAGGACAUCACCGAGGAGGAGCUGUCGGGACUGAUGGAGCAGUUCGUCGCCCAGGCCAAGAAGGGCGAGCACAAGAAGGGCGGCUGGCCCGACUCGGCGUACGGGACGUCCAAGACCGGACUCACGGUCCUGUCCAUGAUCCAUGCUCGCCGUCUGUCCAAGGAGAGACCAAGCGACGGGAUCCUGGUGAACGCCUGCUGCCCCGGGUGGGUGCGCACCGACAUGGCCGGCGACAAAGCCCCCAAGUCUCCGGACGAGGGCGCCAUCACCCCCGUCUACCUGGCCCUGCUGCCGCCCGGAGCCACGGAGCCUCACGGGAAGUUCGUCUCCGAUAAAGAAGUUCAGCCGUGGUGAAAACAGUCUGGAUCGAUGAGUCAGUCGUCUCGUGGGGAGCGGUGAUACGUGGUGAUGCCUCGGCACACUGUGUGUAUUUGGGUAUGAGUGUGUUUGGGACUUAUAAGUAACAACACCCGUCUCAUCACUGCCUUCGCUAAAAUAAACAUUGUCAUAUCCUUUUUACAUGUAAAAUCUUUCCCAAACAGGAUGAAGCUUAAAUGUUGUGAUGUCAAAUAAAAUGAAAUACUUUCACAUCAAAACAAAUAAAAAGAUAUUUUCCCAGAUGCUUUUUCAUCACGCUG